AUCACAAAUGAGCACGUGGUGGCCAUGGUGAAAGCAGCCAUCAGUGAGACAGAAGAUAUUCCUUUGUUUGAGCCCAAAAUGACUCGUUCCAAACUGAAGGAAGUGGUGGAGAAAGGAGGGGUGAUUCCAACGUGGAAUAUUUCUCCAAUUAAGAAGGCAAACGAGGUGAAGCCCCCUCAGUUUGUGGACAUUCCCCUGGAGGAAGAUGAUUCCUCUGAUGAAGAAUACCAGCCUGAUGAUGAAGAGGAGGAUGAGACUGCAGAAGAGAGCCUGCUGGAGAGUGAUGUGGAGAGCACAGCUUCUUCUCCUCGUGGAGCCAAGAGGUGCAGGACCAGGCGCUCCUCUGACGAGGAGGGAGGGACAGUCUGUGAGGUGGAGGUGGCCACCUCACCUGCUGUUAGGCACAUCAGUGCUGAGGUGGUGCCCAUGGGACCCCCACCACCUCCCAAACCCAAGCAGAGCAAGGACAGCACCUUCAUGGAGAAGCUGCACGCCGUGGAUGAAGAGCUGGCCUGCAGCCCUGUCUGCAUGGACUCCUACCAGCCCCUGGAGGACAGCCUGAUUGCCUUCAGGACCCGCUCCAAGAGGCCCCUGAAGGACGUUCCCCUGGGGCAGCUGGAGGCCGAGCUGCGCGCGCCCGACAUCACCCCCGACAUGUACGACCCCAGCACGGCCGACGACGAGGAGUGGAAGAGGUGGCUCCGGGGGCUGAUGAACGACGACGUGGACAACGAAGAUGAAGCUGAUGAUGAUGAUGACCCUGAGUAUAAUUUCCUGGAAGAUCUGGAUGAACCAGACACGGAAGAUUUCAGGAAUGACCGUGCUGUGAGAAUCACCAAAAAGGAAGUGAAUGAGCUGAUGGAGGAGCUGUUUGAGACAUUCCAGGAUGAGAUGGGCUUCUCCAACGUGAAAGAUGAAAGGCCAGAGGAUGAAGAUGCUGUUACAGAGUCUCGGCCAAAUUUUAACACCCCCCAGGCCCUCAGGUUUGAGGAGCCUCUGGCCAAUUUGCUGAACAAGCAGCACCAGACAGUGAAGGAGCAGCUGGAGCAGCUGAGAAUGAAAAAAUCCUCAAUCAAAGCACCCCAAGAAGCUGAAAAAUGCAGAGCCACAAAUGAGAAACCUCUCCACAGCCUGGUUCUGGACAGUGCCCAGAGGAAGAGGCUGCAGCAGCAAAUGCAGCAGCAUGUUCAGCUCCUGACUCAAAUCCAUCUCCUGGCAAGUUUCAACCCUGCUCUAAGUUCAGAGGCCAGCACCACCCAGAUGUUUUUGAGCGAGCUCGGGAGCUUUGCCUGCAGCUCCACCCUGCACCAGGUGCCCCAAAACCCCAAAUUCCAGACCAUGUUCCAGCCCUGCAACUUGCAGGGGGCCCUGCAGCUCAUCAAGGACUUCCACGCCCAGGUGCCAGUGGACUGGAGCCCUCGGAAAGCUGUGAAAAAAAAUGCAAACGAAUUCUCAUGUUUGCCAAAGCAAGUGGCCUGGAUUUUGGCAACCAGGAAAGUUUUUAUGUACCCAGAGCUGCUGCCAAUUUGUUCCUUGAGAGCAAACCCUCACCGAGACAAGAUCGUCUUCACCAAGGCAGAGGACAACUUGUUGGCUUUGGGGCUGAAACAUUUUGAAGGGACGGAGUUCCCCAAGCCUUUGAUCAGCAAAUAUCUCCUGCCCACCAAAACUGCCCAUCAGCUGACAGUGAGGAUCAAGAACCUCAGCAUGAACCGAGCCCCUGACAACAUCAUCAUGUACUACAAAAAGACGAAGCAGCUGCCUGUGCUGGUGAAGUGCUGUGAGGAAAUCCAGCCCCACGAGUGGAAAGCUCCUGUGGAGAGGGAAGAGCAUCGCCUGCCCUUCUGGUUAAAGGCAAGCUUGCCCUCCAUCCAGAGAGAGCUGAAGCAGCUGGCAGAAAGUGCCAAGGAGACACCAGCUUCACCCGAAGGAGAAUCUGCCCUUUUGGGGCCAGAAAAGGAAGCUUCAAACACGGAAUGUGGUGACAAAUACCCUCUGCUGAUGCCCAAGGGGCUGGUGCUGACCCUGAAACCUUUGGCCAACCGCUUCUCCAGGAGGGCCUGGAGGCGGCAGAGAUCCUCAGCUCUGAAGCCCGUCCUGAUCCGCCCCAGCCCCUGCCUGCAGCCCAGCUCCAGCCCCCUCAGCGUGCAGAAAACUCCAAAAUUGUCCCAGUCGGAGGCUCCCCCCAGCAAGGUCCUGCGCCAGGUGCCGCGGCCCAUCCAGCCGGCGCCGCUCGUGCCGGGGGCGCAGCCCCCGAACGUUCCGGCCGUGCUGGGAGGGGGGGAUGGCUUGGAAUUCCAGAAGGUGCCUUCCAGUGGCCAUCCGAACCCCAGGCAAAGCUUCCCAGCUGCCGUGGCCCCGGCCCUGGUGUCCUCAGAAGCUCUGCAGCCCAAGCUGAUGCUGCCGGCCUUGGCGGGGGCGAAGCCGCGCAAGCCCUGCGCGCGCAAGGGCUACCAGAGGAAAAAAGGGGCGAGAUCCACGCCGCCGAUCAAACCCUCCCCUCUGAUCCAGCCCUCCCCCGUCAUCCUGACCGUCCCUGCCGCCACGGUGAAGGUGGUGAACAUCGGCAACGGCUGCAACGUGCUGCAGCCCCUGGGCGCGGCGGUGGGCCGCGGCGCUCGCGCCAUCCCCGUCACCACCCUGCUGGUGAAUCCGUCCACCUUCCCCUUGAGCCAGCCCCUGGUGACCUCCUCCAUCCCGUCGCUGAUCGUCUCUCCCGGCGCCGUGGGUCUGGCCGCUCCUGCCGCGGGGGAAGGCGAGGAGAAGCUGACCCUGCUCCCUGCUCCCGCGGCCGAGCCCAAGGCGGAGCCCCCGGAGCUCUUGGUGCCCUGCCCCGGCCUUGUCCCCAAGGAGGAGGGUGGCACAGGCGCCGCCCGCGGGGACGCUCAGGACCAGGGCAGCAAAGCCGAGUGCUGCAGCUGGCCGGGGGCAGAGGGAGAUGGGCACACGCCCCAGCCCACGGCGGAGCUCUCGCCUGCCUUACAAGCUCCCGAUCCGUCAUCGGAAAUCAAACCCGAAGAUUUAAGCGGCGCUCCCAAAGAAGCGAAGCCGGCGCCGAGAAAGGAUUUUCCGUGCGCCGAAAGGAAGGAGGAGUUCAUGCUGGGCCUCGGGCAGGAGCUGACCAUGGAGGCGGCGUGCUGCCAAGAGCCCCAGAAGGAGAAGGGAGAGGAGGAACGCCGCGCCGUGCCGUCCCCGGCCCGGGGCGGCGGAGACUCCCCGAAAUCCCCGGGCUGCCCCGCCGAGGGGGACGCAGAGCUCGGCAGCCCCCCGGGCCGGCCCGAGGACGCGUCCAGCGUGGACGGGCAGUCGGCGGGGACGCCGGCCGGCCCCGAGGCCGCCGGGGACAGGGAAGGGCAGGAGGAGGAGGAGGAGGACGAGUUCGAUGACUUCACGCAGGACGAGGACGAGGAGAUGUCCUCGGCCUCCGAGGAGUCCGUGCUGUCCGUGCCGGAGCUGCAGGAGACAAUGGAAAAACUGACUUGGCUUGCCACAGAGCGACGUUUAAGCCAAGAAGGAGAUUCUGAAGAGGAGAAUUCCCAGGAGGAGAACUCGGAGCCGGAGGAGGAGGAGGAGGAGGAAGGGGAAGGAGUGGAGAAUUCCCAGAAGGACGACGAGACCUGCGGGGAUGCAGCAGAGGAGCCCAAAUCUGCCUCAAGCGCGGCCACGGCGGCUGCCUGCCCGCAGCUGCAAACCCAGGGCGUGCCAGCAGGAGAGAUCCUGAAAGUCCCCGGGAAGGGCAGGAGCUCGCACAGGACCAGGAGCAGGCGGGGCCGGGCUCGCGGCAGCAAGGACACGUCCAAGCUGCUGCUCCUCUACGACGAGGACAUCCUGGACAGGGACCCCCUGAGGGAGCAGAAGGACCUGGCCUUCGCCCGGGCGUACCUCAGCAGGGUGCGUGAGACCCUGCAGCACAUCCCGGGCAAGUACGAGGAUUUCCUGCGCGUCAUCUACGAGUUCGAGGUGGGCACGGACAGACGGACGGCCGUGGACCUCUACUGCACCCUGCAGCAGCUGCUGCACGACUGGCCGCAGCUGCUGACCGACUUUGCUGCAUUUCUUUUGCCAGAGCAAGCUCUGGAGUGUGGGCUGUUUGAGGAACAGCAAGCCUUCGAAAAGAGCCGCAAGUUCCUCAGGCAGCUGGAGAUCUGCUUUGCUGAAAAUCCUGCCCACCACCAAAAAAUCAUCAAAGUGCUGCAGAGCUGUGCAGAUUGUCUGCCCCAGGAGAUCGCAGAGCUGAAAACCCAAAUGUGGCAGCUGUUGAAGGGACACGACCACCUGCAGGAUGAGUUCUCAGUUUUCUUCGACCACCUGCGGCCCUCAGCCAGCCGCAUGGGAGACUUUGAGGAGAUCAACUGGACAGAAGAGAAGGAAUACGAGUUCGAUGGGUUUGAAGAGGUGUCUCUGCCAGAGGUGGAAGAGGAGGAUGAGCCACCCAAAAUCCACGGAGCCACCAGGAACAAGAGGAGGAAGGAGAUGGGAGGCCAGCAGCACGACAAGGAGGCCGAGUGGGCGGAAGGGCUGCGGGAGUGCUCCGGCUCCGGCUCCGGCUCCCGCCCCUGCCCCGAGGGCGGCGAGCUGAGGCUCAAGAGGAGCAAGAGGAGGAGCUGCAGCCACUGCGGGAGCAAGGUGUGCGAGAACAAACUCCACAAGAGCAGGGACGGCCCCGAGCCGCCUGCCGGCCUCGCCCAGCCCGAGGGGAAGGAGCCCGGCACCUCCCGGGGGGCCGGAGAGGAAAUCGCGGAGGGAGAGGACAGAGCGAAAGCCGCCCCGAGCAGGGGGGAGCCUCCGUCCCCAGCAGGAUCUCACCUGGAAGGAAGGGUGGCCUCCAGCAGACCUGCAUCUUGUGAGAAAGCUGCCCCAGCUGAUGCCCAGCUUCCAGAAGCAUCCGUGGCCGCUGCCGGGGACAGGGACUCUGCUGCCACUGGCCCCCGAUGGGCACAGCUGCAAGAAGCUGCUCUGGAACCACCUCAGGAGCCCCAGGAGUGCCCCUGCAGCGAGGGACUGCAGCAGCCUGCAGGGAAUGCAGAGGCUCCCCCGGGGCUGGGCAGGGACCUGCUGCUCUCUGCUGCAGCAAAAGCCUCCCUGGGAGCUCCACGCUGCUGCCAGAGCCCCCGUCAGACCCAGGGGCUCCAUCCUGCUGCAGAGCAGCCCAGGGGCUCUGCUCUUGGCCCGGGAGGUGGCAAAGAGCUCGAGGGAGCAUCUUUGGCCCUGGAAGGAAGAGCAGGAGCAAAGCAGGGCUGGAUCUCCAAGAGCAGCAGAGCAGCGGCGGGCGGGAGCUGCAGCUCGGGGCCCCCCGCUCGCCGCAGCUCAGAGAUGCAGGACAGAGGCUGCACUGGAGCUGCUCCCGAGGGCGGCCCAAGGGCCAGUGCAUGCUUGGUGGUGCAUCAGCACCCAGCUGAGCAGCUGGAGCCCAGAGCCUCGCCGGGGCAGAGGGAGGAGGAGCAGCAGCAGCAGAGGGUGACCGAGGCCACCGUGUGUGCCAAGAACAGCAAAGUCAGCUCCACUGGGGAGAAGGUUGUGCUCUGGACCAGGGAGGCUGACAGAGUCAUCCUCACCACCUGCCAGGAGAAGGGAGCUCACCUGGACACCUUCCACGCCAUCUCCCAAAAAUUGGGCAACAAGACAGCCAGUGAGGUGUCCCACAGGUUCAGGGAGCUGAUGAGGCUGUUCCACACGUCCUGUGAUGGCAGCUCUGAGGAUGAGGAGGAUGCCACCAGCACCAGCAACACAGACCAGCUGUCAGACAAAGAUCUUCUGCUUUCUGAGGAAGAACCUGAUGACUGAGGUGACAAACUACUGACUGCACCAGAAAAGGGUUUUUUUUUGGGUUUUUUUUUAAUUUUUUGGGUUUUUUUUUUUGCCAGUUUGCUGCUAGACAGGUGCUGUGGAAAAAACAUUUGCACAGGUACUUGAAUCAGCACCUUCAUUUAUUUUGUUCCGUUUCCAGCCUGUACCAAACCAAAGGCAGGAAAUAAAAUUCUCCAGAACCUCCCUGGGGAGCUUCAGCAGUGAAAUUACAGAAUUUGUGGACGCUGGCCUGGCCUUGGGGUGAAGGUUGGCCCAGCAGCCUCUGCCCAGGACCUGUAAAUAUUGUCAGUUUUCAUGUGGAACAAACACAUGACUUCUUCUAAGCUCUCCCCUCGUGCUGAUUGUACGUGAGACAAUUCCAGUCUGAAUUCUCUA